UUAUUCGUCUCACAAAUCUUAAAAUCUGCAGAAUUAAAAAAAAUCAUCAAAGCCGAAUCAAUUUUUCCGCAGUAAAGACCUGUUUUAAAUUCUCUAAAAUGGGAAAAAUAUUUUUAUUAUCGUUAUUUUUAUCAUGUUUCAUCCUUUUUUCCACGGCGGACCUCAUCAGAGUGCCCGUUCAAAAGGACUUGAGUGCUCGUCGGUUCUUCCAAAGUGUCGGAACGGAAGUUAUGCGCUUGCAAUUGCGCUAUGGCGAGUACGGAGGACCCAUUCCAGAGCCCUUAUCUAAUUACAUGGAUGCUCAAUAUUACGGACCUAUUACUAUCGGAACACCACCACAGAGUUUCAAAGUUGUCUUUGACACCGGAUCAUCCAAUUUAUGGGUGCCUUCCAAGAAGUGUUCUUUCACGAAUAUCGCUUGUUUGAUGCACAACAAAUAUGACGCCAAAAAGUCCUCGACAUACGAGAAAAACGACACAAAAUUCGAAAUUCAUUACGGAUCGGGCAGUUUAUCCGGUUAUCUCUCCACUGACGUUGUCAAUAUCGGCGGUUUGGACAUCAAACAACAAACUUUCGCCGAAGCGAUCAGUGAACCGGGUCUAACUUUCGUCGCUGCCAAGUUUGAUGGCAUCUUGGGACUUGCUUAUUCCAGCAUUUCAGUCGAUCAUGUCGUUCCGCCCUUCUACAACAUGUACAAUCAAGGUUUAGUUCAAUCGCCAGUUUUUUCCUUCUACUUGAAUCGCGAUCCGGCAGCGAAGGAAGGCGGUGAAAUCAUUUUCGGAGGCAGCGAUCCCCAAAAAUACAAGGGAGAUUUCACCUACCUACCGGUUACGCGUAAAAUGUACUGGCAAUUCGCCAUGGACAAAGUUCAAGUGGGCGACAAGACGUUCUGUGCCAACGGAUGUGCAGCUAUUGCCGAUACGGGAACUUCGCUCAUCGCAGGACCUUUGGCUGAAGUAACGGAAAUCAAUAAGGCACUUGGCGGAACACCAAUUAUGAAUGGCGAAUACAUGAUCGACUGCAAUUUGAUCCCGAAUUUGCCGACAAUUAAUUUUGUGUUGGGCGGCAAGUCGUUCUCGUUGAAUGGAACGGACUAUGUUUUGCGUGUUGCGCAAAUGGGAAAGACAAUUUGCUUGUCUGGGUUCAUGGGAAUCGAUAUUCCGCCACCAAAUGGACCGUUGUGGAUCUUGGGAGAUGUCUUCAUCGGGAGAUAUUACACGGAAUUUGAUUUUGGCAAUGAUCGUGUUGGAUUUGCUGAAGUCGCUUAAGAUGAGAGAGACUGAAUGAAGAAGGAACGUUUGUUUUUUCCAAAGAAUUUUGAGAUUUGAAGAGCUUUUAUCAAAAUAUUAAUUUGCUAUUUCAAUAAAAAAAUAUAUUAAAAUUAA